UUAUUGACUCGCCUCGGAGAGAGCGCAGCUAACGCUAACGCUAACUUCUUUAUGGCUGAUGUUGCUCAUUAGUUUCAAAAGCCAUCGCAUUAAUUUGUCAAUUCUCCACUGUUUAAUUGUGUUUUUGAAAAACUGGAUAUAAAAAUUAGCUGAAAGAGAUAAGGAGAGGGAUGUCAUACUACUCCUCGUCAUCGUCUCGCGGUUCCUCCCGCAACUUAGAAUGCAAAGUGUAUGUUGGGGAUUUGGGCAGCGGAGCCGCUAAAGGUGAACUGGAGAGAGCUUUUAGCUACUACGGCCCUCUGCGCAGCGUCUGGGUGGCGAGGAACCCACCCGGCUUCGCCUUUGUGGAAUAUGAAGACGCCCGGGAUGCAGAGGACGCUGUGAAGGGAAUGGAUGGAAAGGUUCUAUGCGGAUCUCGGAUUCGUGUGGAACUGUCCACGGGGAUGUCCCGCAAGAGCCGAUACGGCCGACCGAGCCGCCGCCCGUUUGACCCCAGCGAUCGAUGCUAUCAGUGCGGAGACAGGGGCCACUAUGCCUACGACUGCUAUCGCUUCAGCAAAAGGGGACGCCGGAGCAGGUCCCGAUCUCGGUCCAGGUCCAGAUCAAGAGGCCGACGCAACCGCUCACGCUCUCGAAGCCGCAGCAAUGAUCGGAGAUACCGUUCUCCAUCUUAUUCGAAGCGCAAGAGCAGGUCUGGUUCUCCAGCCCGCUCUAAGUCCAGGACUCCUGUUCGGAGUCGCUCUCGAUCUCGCUCUCGCUCCAGAUCGGCCUCGCGCUCUCGCUCUCGAUCCAGGUCCGGCUCUCCCAGCCCAAAGAGGGACAGAGUGUGGGAGUCGACGGCUCAAGCACUGACCAGGGUUCAUCCUUGCCGUGUUAAGCGUCCUCCAGGAGUGUGACAAAAGAGCUUACCUGAGAUCAGCCUCCGCCACGGUGAUUUAAAGAGGUCGUCCGACGCACAAUUCUGACGAGACGCCUCCUGCGCGUACACAAACAGUUGUUCCACCCACCCCACUCCUAUCCCUGAACCCAUGCACUACUACUACUCCUACUACUGCAGACCAGAAUGCCCCCCCUUCCCUCCAAAGCUCCGCCUUCUUGCUUAGCUUCUGAGAAGGGUGUGUGAGAGAGAGAGAGAGAGAGGAGAGAGCUGGCGAGAGAUCAGACUUCAAGACCCUCCGAGUGUGUCUUCGAGUUCUAGCAUCCGUCGCUUCUCUGUAUGUUGUUUCCGCCACUGUCUCCUAAAGGUAACCAAAACCCAAGAGUUAAUGUCCUUCUUGAUAUGAGCCCUGGUUUUAGUUUAAAAAAGAAACACACAGAUUUUUUUGUAAACAUUUGCUUAAUAUUGAGCGUGUGCACAGCAUGCACUAAUUAACACCGCUGUGAGUGAGUGAGAGAUACAGAGAACCUCUCUGCUUCAAUACUGUCUUAAGACACCCUCGUCGACUUGCUCAUCACCAUCAUAGGCGAUGUUCCAUUACUGUAUUAGCCAGAGAUGUUCACAAGUCAUUUUAUGUGAAGACGAAUCAAUUAAGGACUAGUCCAAGUCGAGUUGCGUAUCAGUUAAUGACUAGUACGAGUCAAGUUGCGUAUCAGUUCAGGACUAGUGUGAGUAGAGUUGCAAAUCACUUAAGGACCAGUCCGAGUCGAGUUGCGUAUCAGUUAAGGACUAGUCCGAGUCAAGUUGCGUAUCAGUUCAGGACUAGUGUGAGUAGAGUUGCAGAUCACUUAAGGACUAGUCCGAGUCGAGUUGCGAGUCAGUUAAGGACUAGUCCAAGUUGAGUUGCGAGUCAGUUACGUACUAGUCCGAGCCGUGUUGCGUAUCAAUUAAGGACUAGUCCGAGUUGAGUUGCUAGUUAAUUAAGGACUAGUCCGAGUCGAGUUACAUAUCACUUAAGGACUAGUCAGGAGUCGAGUUGCAUGUCACUUAAGGACUAGUUUGAGUUGAGCUGCAUAUCAAUUAAGGACUAGUCUGAGUAGAGUUGCGGGUCAAUUGAGGACUAGUCCGAGUUGCGUUGCGAGUCGAUUAAAGACUAGUCAGAGUCGAGAGUCAGAUGAGGGCCAGUUCAAGUGGAGUUACUAGUCAAUUACAGACUUGUCUGAGUUGAAAAUACCUUUACUUUUUAUACUAUAGUUCCUUCACAAGCAUGUACUUUUGUGCCUAAGUAGUAUUUAACCAAUUUACAUCUACUUUUACUGAAGUACAGAAGCAUUGUACUUAGUCCACCUAAAUAUCUAGAUCCAAAUAUCAGUCCCAAUCAAGACCUUUUUUUGCAACCAAAGUUUUUUUUAAUAAAUCGUUUGUUAAUGCCGAUAUACUGAAGUGCGUUCCUUUAGGAUGAAUCCGCUCCUCGUUGUCCCUGUGUCCUGCGAGUAGGGCCUGCGCACGUUUGAGUCAUGAGGUGAAGUCGACGAGGGCACGUUUAGCAGUAUUGAGAUGGAGGGAGAGUCUGCAUGUGAACAUAAGCAGCACAUGCAGCGCUGUUUGUCUGUAUGUUUGUGUGUUUCAGUGUUUCAAUCUAACCCUGGUUUUAGGGCUUCUUUGGGUUUUUCUCACAUGAAAGAGGGAUUCCAACUACAGUAAUUAGUGGAUGUGUUCCUGGUGGUAUUGUUAAAGAAGAGAGAAUGAGGAUUUUUUGUAUAGAUGGGUCGUGAUACAUAUGAGAGCAGUGUUCUUGGGUUCUGAACUGUCAUGAGAUGAAAGCACUCUUGAUGCUCACGGUCAACAGCAACCGGCAAACUCAGACUUGCUUGAAGCAAGUCGUCGUCUUAAUUCUGUGUUUUAAGUUACUCUCAGCUCUGUCCCUGUUCUCUUAUUCUGUAGCUUAUUCUGCACUGUAUGAAUCAGAAGGUAGGCAGUCAUUUUUUAAAGGGUCCAUAUCCCACAUUUUUCUCGCAUUUUAUUGUUUUGUUUGGGUUAAUGCAGCAAAAACAGUCGUAAGUCACUUCUGCAUAAUCAUUUUCCAACCUCUCUUAGAAUUAAACAAGCUGUAUUACUGUGUCUUUAAGAAAGAUACAGGUAAAUGAGCCUCUUCUGAUUGGCUCAUAGACAUUGGACUUAAUUUAUAAAGCAGGCCAGGUUUAAAUACUUCUUAUAACUUUGGUGUGAGUGGAUGGGGAUAAACUUCUGUAGGCUCAGUAGGCGAAUAUAUGUAAAUAAUGAAUAUUAGUAUGAGUGUUUUUGUAGCUAGCUACAUCAAACUGUUAUUUUAAAAUGCAUGGAAAGGUCUGUUUUUCGUGAUAUGGGCCCUUUAACAUUGAGGAAGCCGUAGAUUCUUUCCCACGAGGUUUUAGUGUUGUCUGAUUUAAGGGUGUCCCUGUCAGUUAUUUUAGUAAUCAAUAAAGAAGUGUACUGAUUACAUAGAAUAGAAAUUUUUUUUUUGCUGUGCAAAAAUGUGCAAAAAAAUGGCAGCCAGGAAAAUUGUUUAAAACUAUUUAUCUGGGCAGUAAUUGUGUUUCUGCCAGCAAAAACAUUAUAUAACAAUAGAAUAAACACAGAUCAUUCGAAUAAAUAUGGUUAAUCCAGAGGAGAUACAUGCAUGCAAUUUUUUCUCUGUCACGAUUACCAGAUUUUACAGAAGAUAAUUUAUUAAAAUUUAAGUUAACGUCAUGUAUGUGCAUCUGCUUAGUGAUUAUUUUGUAUGAAAAAAAAUACAUCUGCAGGUGAUUAGCAUGGCAGGUAAAGCCGUGUUCAGCAGUGUGAAGAUUCUCCACAAGGGGGAGCCAUUAGUGCUGCUUUAGUGCGCCUCACCGAAUCCCACAAAUGCUUGUGGUCGCAAAUUGUAUGUAUUUAAAGUAAAAUUAAAUGUUUGUUGCAAUAAAGGCGUGUAUGAUUAUUCAACUAAACACCAAAAUAAUUGUUAAAUUUUGCUAUUAUUAAUAUAAACGAUAGUGACAGCCCUAGUUUCCUGUCUUCUCAAUGCACAUCAACAGCACUUGAUUAAAUUUAAAGUAUUGGUUAGAUAAACUAGGUGUUGGAUGGUAAUUGUAAAUAUACAGCUAAUCACAGGGAUAGUUUAUUUGUAUUAAUUCUAAUGUUAGUGUUUAUUUGUACAGAUAAAUAAUUUGCUUUACAGAACAAGAUGUCUAAAUUGGUUUACAUAGUACUGUAUAUAUAAAAAGGCUAUUUAAAAAGUUGGCUUGGCUCAGAAACUUGGCUCAGGUUUUAUUUCAUACUGCAAGAGAGAGCAGUAGGAGAAUUUUUAAACCUGUAUUAUUUAUCAUGAAAACUGAGAACGAAUCGCUGCUGAUUUUAUUUGAAGAUCAACGUAAGCCGGUUCAGCUGAUUGACAGCCCUAGUCAGAAUAUUUCUUCAGUGAAGGAUUUCCAGAGCGUUUCUGAUGAGAGUGCAGUCUUGUAGCAGAGCCGUUAAAGGAGAGCCGGGGCGGAGCUGCGAAAGGUUCUUGAAUGGCUGUGGCUUUGUGUCAAAUACGCGUUCUCUGCACUGAAUCUGUUUUUUUUCUGUCUGUUCCAGCCGCUCCAGAUCCCCCAGCCAGAAAAACAGCCCCACCCCUGGAGACGAGCGGCAGGAGAAGAACCCCUAACCCAAAUCACUUACCUUCCUUACCUUCUUAUCUCGCUUAGCUUUCUUCUCCUGUACCUUCUGUCGUAUGACGUUUCUGUUUCGUUCAGUUCUGUUUUCCUUUUUUUUUGUUUCCCAUGACAUGAAAAUAGUAGAUAAGUUUAUUUUUGCUCUUUAAUUAUGCAUUUUUUGUAUUUUUCUUUCUUACAUAGUGACUAGAAAGAAAUGAUAGUAGGUAUAAAAGGGCUUCCUUUUUUACCCCUCUGGUUGGUUUGUAGAUGUACACUGGAAACGAACAAGAAACGAAUAAAGAGUUCAUGGCAUGA